AUGCUUUCCAAGAAAAGAAAAGUUGACAUCGAAGGUCAGAAAUUCAACGAUAAUUGGAAAGAUCGUUUUUUCUUCUGUGAGGUCAACAGCACAGCACGCAACAAGCGGCUGUGGCAAAAGAGUGCAAUACCAAAUGACACAAUGAGACGUAACACGGAGAAAAAUAUGACAUGCGGAGCCAAGCGGCACCGUAAAGUGCUCCGUGAUAACAUCCAGGGCAUCACCAAAUCGGCCAUCCGCCGUCUGGUUCGCCGUGGCGGCGUCAAGCGGAUCUCGGGUAUGAUCUACGAGGAGACCCGCGGGGUGCUGAAGGUUUUCCUGGAGAAUGUGAUCCGGGAUGCGGUCACCUACACUGAACACGCCAAGCGCAAGACGGUCACUGCCAUGGAUGUGGUGUACGUUCUGAAACGCCAGGGCCGCACUCUCUAUGGCUUCGGCGGCUGA